AUGCAGCUAUGGCGGAAAGCACUGAACAAGAUCGGUGCAAUAGAUUGGGCCCACCAUGGAGGCAAGACGUCAAUUGCUACGGCUGGUGGUAAGGAGAGGGAAGUCGAGCGACAGCAAUUGCCCCCAGAGCUGCUCUCGCGCUAUGGCACGGAUGUCGUCUGGAGGUUCAACUUCACUUCGGCGGAGGACGCAUUGGCUCUGGCAGAGGCCGCAGACCAGCUAAGACUCGAUGUGUGGGAAUUCAACGAGAACUGGGCCGACGUCAGACUGGCCAAAGAUGCGGUAUCCACGCUCCUCGCCCUCUUGCCGCCAUCCCUUCAACAGUCCCAUACACCUCUCUUUGGUGACCUCGAGCUCGCCGAAGCCGUCUUCGCAUCUUACCCGUCGUCCACAACCCCCAUGACAUUAUCGCCACGUUCCUUCACUCCGUCCCUCCACCCCCCAAGCACCGACAUCUUCUUCCAAGAGUACCGCCCUCUUUCCGUCAUAGCACCCUGGAUGCGCCUCAUGUCCUCCAUCUUCACUACGCACGUGCGCUUCCUCAGCAUCGGCGUCAGCUACGAAGGGCGCGACAUCCCCGCCCUCCGCCUCGGCGUACACCCCAAGAACAACAAAGGCAAGCCCAGCGGCCCACGCAAGACCAUCCUCGUCACCGGCGGCAGCCACGCUCGAGAAUGGAUCAGCACCAGCACGGUCACGUACGUCGCCUGGAGCAUCAUAACCUCGUACGGCAAGUCCGCGCUCGUGACCAGCAUGCUCGAGUCUUUUGACUGGGUCUUCAUCCCGACGCUGAACCCGGAUGGCUAUGUGUAUAGCUGGGAGACGGACCGCCUGUGGCGCAAGAGCCGGCAGCCGACCGGCAGCAAGCUCUGCGUGGGCAUAGAUCUGGAUCGCUCGUAUCCAUUCCACUGGGACGGCAAUGUCACGCGUGAGAACCCGUGCAGCGAGAGCUAUGCUGGCAAAGAAGCAUUCGAGGGCGUGGAGGCGAAGCGCUUUGCUGAGUGGGCCAAGAACGAGACGGAGCACAAUAAUGUCACGUUUGUCGGAUUUCUGGACCUGCACUCUUACUCCCAGCAGGUGCUGUGGCCGUACAGCUACAGCUGCGAGGCGGAGCCGCCUGGAUUGGAGAAUCUGGAGGAGCUGGCGCUGGGACUGGCGAAGGCGAUGAGGCUUGCAAGGGGCGGGGCUCAUUAUAUGGCGGCCUCUGCCUGUGAAGGCAAUGUCGGCUUCAGGAGGUCAGAAUCUAGCGAAAAGAAAGGUGGGAUAUUACCGCGCUUCGAGAGCGGUGGAGGCAGUGCGCUGGACUGGUUCUACGAGGAACUCAAAGUCGAGUAUGCGUACCAGAUCAAGCUGCGCGAUACGGGAAGUUAUGGGUUCUUGUUGCCGAAGGGGAACAUUGUACCUACGGGCAGGGAGGCCCUCGACGCUGUGUAUUACUUGGGCAAGUACCUGAUGGGCGAGGUGGGUUUCCAGGAGUCGGGCAACCUGGGAGGCAAGGCAGCAUCUUGGGACGACGCGACGUCACAACCGCACGAGGAAGAGGAAGGGCCUUGGGAGCUGAGACGGCGCCGACUGUGA